GUGCAUGUCUUUACAUGUUUAAUGGUCACUCAAGUAGCCUAAACUGGGCUGGGAUAAAACUUGCUAUUCUUCUUAAUUUUCAAACAGCAGACAGUUCAGCAUCACCAUGAAGUCAAGUAAGGAUAUUAAUCUGGACACCUACAAUUUAUCUCUGAUAACGGCUAAAGAAGAUGUGCUGAACCCACGAACAUCCACAAACUGGGCACUGUUUGCUUACGAUGGUGUGACAAACCGGCUCAAACUGGCAGACUCUGGAGUGGGUGGUGUAUCUGAACUGGUCAAUAAGCUCCACCCUAGACGACCCCUCUACGGGCUCUGCAGAGUGGACCGGCCAAACACUGCCCAGACCCAUAUCGUCAUGAUUAUCUGGGUGGGAAAAGAUGUGGAUGACUAUCGUAGAGCUCAGUGUGCCGUUCAUGUUCCUGCUAUCAAAGCCUUUUUUAAGGAGGUGCAUUUCUUUCUCCCUGCUUCUUCUGUGGAGGACGUUACAGAGGAGAGGAUUUUUUCAGUGGCCUCUAAGGUCGCAGAGGUGAUGGAAAGAGAGAGAGUGAGACGAGGUUUACGACAGGAGGACAGAGAGGAGACUGUAGGAACUAAUUAUAAGAGGACCAUAGCAGCAGCAGAAAUACGCAAAACGCACCGAGAGAACUUCUGGGCUCAAGCUGAGAGAGAGGAAGAGGAGCGUAAAGAGGAAGAGCGCCGGAGGGCGGCAGAAGACAGGAGACGGAGGGAGCGAGAGAGAGUGCAGCAGGAAAAAAGGGAGGCGGAGGAGAGGGAGAGAAGAAUGAAUGAGAAACUGAAGAAGAUACAAGAGCAAAGGCAGUUACAGGCUCAAGCAGAAGCAGAGAAACACAAACAGGAGCAUCUCAAAUGGGCUCAGCAGCAGCAGCAGUUUGAGGAGGACAUGAGGUGUCGAAUCUCACACUCCGAAUCAGUGGAGAAAGCAGCCGAGGCAGCUGCUCUGGUGUCUCAGCGCAAAGGCAAUCCGAGAGAGUUUUUCAGACAGCUCUCGCUGUCCUCAUCUUCAUCCUCCAACACCCAACAAAUCCCACCCGACUCACCACGUACAGUGAGGAGUUCUAAUUGGAAGGUCCAUCGCAGUUUGACUGACGCCUUUAUCUUCGUUAAAUCGUCUUCCUCCUCCCCCUCUUCUCCCUGUAGCCCUAAUCCACUCUCUCCUAUCUUUCCUUCAACUCCAACACCGCAGAGCCCCACAGCACUCGCUCACAACACACACAUCCAACCCCAGCACACACACUCUCCAACGGCAGUCUCUCCCUCCAUAUCUCCAUUUACCUCAACCCAGAGUCCAACUAUGGUCUCCUUACCAUCUCCUGUUGGCCAGGCAAUGGUCUCUCCAUCACCCCCUAAUGGACAAACAGUGGAAUCUCAAUUGCCCCCUAGUGGUCAAAUAGUAGUAGAGAUUCCUGAAUCAGUCAUCAUUCUUCAGCCGUCUUCACCAAUAAACACACAAAUGUCAUUGACUGAAAUAGUUCAAAGCUUGGAUUUUUACCCUCGUCCACCCCCACCCACCGCAGACUUUGAAGCUCAAAGUCUGGACCAAUCAGAAAGCGAUAUUUUGGUACACCCUCAGCCCCAUUCAUCUAACUCCAUCGCCCAGAAUUCUGCUUGUAAUGCAGAUCAGUCGGACACCCAGAUCACAGCUCAAGUCCAGGCUGGUAUCAGUUCCACUCAGCCCCCUUCACGACCUUUACCUGCACUGCCAACACAAGAGUUCAGCAGCCAGGAACCCAUAGCUUCCACAGAAGCAGAGGGAGAAAGAGAGAAAGAUGAUGGAGAGAAGGAACAGAGUGAGGUAAUGGAUGCAGAGGAGGAUGAGGAAAGAACAAGAGGCAGGAGGAGAGGAGAAAAUGAGGAGAAAGAAAAAGUCCUGGAGACUUGGGUGACUGCUCAGGCAUCUAUGAUAUCCAUCCCUGAGGAAGAGGGGGAUGAUGGAGAAAUGAGAGAGGAGGAAGAAGAGAAAAAUGUGAAAGAAAGACAUGAAGGAGCGAUAAGAGAGGAUGAGGAAGAGGAAAAAGUGGGAGAGGGGAUGGAUGGAGAGAUGAGAGAGGAGGAAGAAAAUGAAAAAGUGGGCGAGAGGAAGGAUGGAACAUGGAGAGAUGAGAGAGGAGGAACAAGAGGAAACAGCGAGAGAGAGGAAGGAUGGAGAGAUAAGAGAGGAGAAUAG